AUGUCCCAAGCUUUUUUCACUUCACUCAUGGUGGCUUUUCCUCUCUAUUUGUUCUUCAGAUUGUUAUUCUCUUGCUGGAUUCUGCCCAUCCUUGUUUAUAUUAAGCUGCGAAAGAAUGGGUUUAGGGGUCCAAUCCCUACUUUUCCUCUGGGAAAUAUUACAGAGAUGAAAAUCGCUAGUAAGAAGAAGAAUACCAAUGACGAUUCUUCUUCUUCACUUAUCUCCCAUGAUAUACACUCCACUGUGUUUCCUUACUUCUCCCGGUGGCAAAAAUCUCAUGGGAAAGUGUUCAUCUAUUGGCUGGGAACUGAGCCAUUUUUAUAUGUUGCAGAGCCAGAGUUCCUUAAGAAGAUGUCAUCAAAAGUUCAGGGAAAACGGUGGGGAAAACCCAAUGUGUUUAAACAUGAUAGGAAGCCUAUGUUCGGAAGUGGAUUGGUGAUGGUUGAAGGAGAUGAUUGGGUUCGCCAUCGCCAUGUUAUUACUCCUGCAUUCUCUCCACCCAACAUGAAGGCCAUGGCAAGCUUGAUGGUGGAACCGGCGACGAAGAUGCUCCGGAGGUGGACAACCGUGAUAAAUUCCGGUAAACCCAAGAUCGACGUCGAAAGAGAUAUCACGACAAUGGCAGGGGAGAUCAUCGCGAGGGCAAGCUUCGGGUUGAGCUGCGAAAACGGGAGCGAAGUGUUUCAAAAACUUAAAGCCAUGCAAAUCACGCUCUUUAACCAUAACCGCUACGUGGGUGUUCCUUUUAGCCGGUGGAUUUUCCAGAAGAAGAACAUGGAAGCGAAGAAACUUGGUGAAGAAAUCGACCAGGUUCUUUUAUCGAUCAUGGAGGAUGUUGAGAAGAAGAAGAACAAGUGUUUGGUUGGGUAUCUUAUGGAAGGGGAGAGGUUGAAUGGAAGGGAGGUUGUUGACGAGUGCAAGACAUUCUUCUUCGGUGGACAUGAAACCACCGCAUUGUUACUCACAUGGACGUUGCUGCUUUUGGCCAUGCAUCCACACUGGCAAAACCAAUUGAGGGACGAAAUUACACAAGUUUUUGGAGAUGGAGAGAUCCAUUUCUCCAAACUUGCCCACUUAAACAAGAUGGGAUGGGUGAUGAAGGAGGUACUAAGGCUUUACUCACCAGCGCCAAAUGCACAAAGGCAAGCAAGAGAAGAUAUAAAGGUGGAUGGUGUAAUUAUCCCUAAAGGAACCAACAUAUGGAUUGACACCGUCGCCAUGCACCACGAUCCGGCUCUAUGGGGUGACGACGUUAACGAGUUCCGGCCGGAGAGGUUUAAAGACGAUCAGGUGUACGGCGGUUGCAAGCACGAGGUGGGGUUCAUGCCAUUCGGGUUUGGAGGGAGGAUGUGCGUUGGGAGGAAUUGGACGUUGAUGGAAUACAAAGUUGUGUUAAGCCUUAUGCUCAAUAGCUUUUCAUUCUCCCUUUCCCCAACCUAUCGCCAUUCUCCCUCUAUUUUGCUUUCCCUAAGGCCUACCUAUGGACUGCCUCUCAUCGUUCAACCCCUUUAGGUUCU